AGUUUACCGGUCAAGUUUCUGAAGCUUCAUCGCGAUGGCGCCGUCUACUGUGUGGCUUGUUGGUUAACGAUUAUCAUCAAUGUCAUCACAUUGAUCCCACGCAUAAUCGUAUACUUCGCUGGCCUGACCGCCUGAGAGGCAUCAACAACUACAAGGUUUACCAGCGGCUUCUGGUCUCUGUGGUCGUUUACAGCGGAGUGUUCCAAGCAGUGAAACUAUCAUUUGGCCUUCCAUUUAUAGCUGCAUUACUAAUAUACAAAUGGCGAAGGAGGCACUUCUCAAUGUAUGACAAUAUAGAAGACUUUCUGCAGAGUAACAAUAAUCUCAUGCCAGUAAGGUACUCUUACUCGGACAUCAGAAAGAUGGCUAGCGGAUUCAAGGACAAAUUGGGUGAAGGAGGCUUUGGCACCGUGUACAAGGCAAAACUCCGUAGUGGUCGCCUUGUGGCCAUCAAGAUUUUGAGCAAGUCCAAAACUACUGGGCAAGAUUUUAUCAAUGAGGUUGCUACUAUCGGAAGGAUUCACCAUGUUAACGUGGUGCGACUUAUAGGCUUCUGUGUUGACCGUUCAAACCGUGCACUUGUUUAUGAUUUCAUGUCAAAUGGCUCUCUUGACAAGUACAUUUUCUCUCAGCAAGGUGCUAUCUCCUUAAGCUGUGAGAAAAUAUUUGAGAUUGCAGUUGGAGUGGCUUGUGGAAUCCAGUAUCUCCAUCAAGGAUGUGACAUGCGAAUUCUGCAUUUUGACCUCAAGCCUCACAACAUUCUUCUUGACGAGAAUUUUACUGCCAAGGUUUCUGAUUUUGGAUUAGCAAGGCUAUACCCAUUGGAUAACAGCAUUGUGUCUUUGACUGCAGCAAGAGGAACCAUAGGAUACAUGGCUCCAGAGUUAUUCUACAAAAACAUCGGAGGUGUAUCAUACAAAGCGGAUGUAUAUAGUUUUGGAAUGUUAAUGUUGGAAAUGGCUGGUAGAAGGAAGAACUUGAAUGCAGCCAUAGAUCAUUCAAGCGAAUUUAGCCAAAUGUACUUUCCUACAUGGGUUUCUGAUCAAUUGAAUCAAGGGAAGGAGAUUGAAAUAGGAGAUGCCACUGAAGAUGAAAUGAAAAUCAUAAAGAAGAUGCUCAUAGUGGCAUUGUGGUGCAUACAAAUGAAGCCUAUUGAACGCCCUUCAAUGAGCAAAGUAGUAGAAAUGCUUGAAGGAGAAAUUGAGAGCCUCCAAAUACCUCCAAAGCCUUUCUUAUAUCCACAGCAAAUACCAGAAGAUGAUGUUGAGGACAAUUUAAGUACUACACUACUACAUGUGCAUCAAGAAUAA